AUGCCGGAGCUGGCGGCGGACGGGUCGAGUCUGACGAGCCUGGCGCAGCUGCAGCCAUUGAAGAUUGGCAAUCAGAAAGGCUUCAAAGAAUUGUACGCCAUGGACAACAUGGCGGUGGCCUUGCGGUCAAUGAACCUGUACGAGGCCGGCUUCACCCUGUGGAUGGCAGACCUGCGGCCCGUUGAGGACGAGGACGAGGAACUCUGGUCUGUCUACAACGAGUUCAUCGACAAGGCCAAAUUUGUAGCUACAAAAAAAGGGGGGGGUCCGUUGAACUCACUUCUGUGUUUGUGCCAGGUCUUCCACAACACAGCAGGUGUCAUCUUGUUCCCAAUGACGCUGGCGGUGUGCGUCGACAGCGUGCCAGCUCAUAAGCCGUGCAACAUGCCCAUCAUAGCGGGGCGCAAAGUGGCCCUGGGUUUGGCCUGUGCAUUGACACAGUCGCUGAUGACCAGCAACGACAACCUCACCAAAGAUCUGUUGAAAUGCAGCCUCUCGGUCAGCAUGCGCAUGCACAUGGGACUGUCCACAGAGGACAAGACAGACAAGCUUAAGCUUCAGACAUCCGAGAACUUGCGCUGGAAAAGCGUCGGGAACUUGGUGAAGGACACAUGGCUGUCCUGGGCCCGAAGAAUGUUGCGGCUCAUCAAGUUGACUGGACAGAAGCUCGCAGCCAGCGAGAAGGGAGCCCAGUGGCUGCAGGGGCUUGGCGUUGCGUGGAACGGUGCGAUGAACAAGAACGUGGCCCAGGCAUUGGCAAGCAUGCAGAACACAUUGUCGGAGGAGUCUAUGCUUCUUCUGCGUGAGUUGGAGAUGAGGCACACACCAGCUGUCCUCACAGACGAUUAUUCCAAGCUGGCCAGGGUCUUGAAGAUCGUGACCGGCUGCAGCGCAUUGAACGAGUUGGGCAUCUCCCCGGAUGAGGGGUUUCAGUACGUGGUAAAGGCAAUGAUGCUGGCCAUGGAUCGCGGCAUUGUCACUGCCUCCUUCUUCUCGGUCUCCGUCCUGGAUCCAGGCUCUGGCAAGAAUGGGUGGUGUGCUGUGUCGCUAGGACGGGCGAGAACCACCCUGUGGAUCCAGAACAUCGUCGGCCACAUGAAGGACUCAAAAGCUAAGGAAGAGCUGCAAGACUUGCUGCCUACCUUCCUGGAUCCUCUGGCGUUCGACAAGGCCUAUCCAGAGUUGGACACCGAGAAAGGCGACACGGAGUCCAUGCUCACCGUGGCCAUCAACAGUGCCAAACACGCGUGUGCAAAAAAACUCCUUCAGGUCCUCCACGACGUGGCGUUGGGGAUGCACGACGAGGCCGUGAGUAUCCUUCUGGCCGACAACCUCGAAAAAAAACUUGCAGCGCAUCAGCAGGAGAACGAAAAAACGGUGGAGUUCUUGAAUGCGAUUGAUGCGCUGGUUCUCUCUUUGGACCAGGCCCUCUCUUCCACAGAGAACGUGGCGCACCACUCAGGCCCGCCAGCGUUGUCUCUGCGACAACUGGCCAAGACAGCGAGUGACCCGAUGGAACCUGGGAAGCUGGCAGAGAGGGCAGAUGCAUGGAAGAAGGCACAGACAGCGCGAAGGCGCCUGGUUCAAUUUGUGACUCCGGGGGGUAAGACAGACCUCGUCAAGAAUAUCGAGCGAUUCAAAAAGAACAGCAAGGUGAGAUUCGGAUUGAACGACAAACAUGUUAUCUACACGCUGUGUUUGGACUGCGCUGGCGAGUCCUGCAGCACCCGAACGAAUCCCCCGUGGAAACUCCCCGGGCAGACCGGGAAGGUGGAGGGUGCAGGUCUGGAGACAACCUGGGAGUUUCUGAACACCAUGACCCAGGAGCCCUUCGAGACUCUGUUCAUCUUUGAUGGCAGGAGCCGUUGUCGCCGCCGCCUUGCGGCCACGAAGGUCACUAACGAGGACUUGCUCUCCGAGGCUGUGCUGUUCUUCGUGCCGAAGAAAAAGGGCAACGAGGAGGAAAAGGAGGAGAGGGUCAGGCGCACAGUUCUGUCGCAGCAGUUGCACGAGACUGUCCUGAUCAGAUUCGGAGCAUCCCGGGCGAAGAUCGAGUCUGGAGGGGCCUUGUAUGGCACCGUCACCGACAAGGUGUUGAUGCCGAGUCACCUGCCCAGGAUUCGGCAGAGCUCGAAGCGUACCCUUCUCAACAUCAAGGACGACGACAUGCCCAUGGCACCCCCCGGCAUGGGUGACGAUGAAUCAGUUCCGCUUUGGUGGGGAGAAUCAAAGUCAACGAGCUUUUGGGAAAGCUGGAUCCAAAGCUGGAAAGGCGCCCUGGUCAUCGACCUCAAAGCAACCACGCAGUUGCCCAUCACGUGCUUGAAGCUCGGGGUGCCAUACCUCGGCAUCACAGCCAACGAGGAGCACUUGGUGUUCAUGAACAACAUCACAGAUCUUCACGCUCUUCAAUCCAUGAUCAAGCAAGGGCAUUGCUUGUACGAGCAGGAUUUGGCGAGUUGCAUCAAGUCCUUGUUCGAGGACGAGCUGUCCGGAGUGCAGGAGAAGAUGCCAGACCUUGAGGAUGACGAGGACUAA